ACGAAUCAUGUUUAACGCAUUAAAGGACCAGGCAGUGGAAAUCGACACCAAGCUCAAAACACUGCGCAAACAGUGCACCACUUUCGCCAUCGGGUACGUGGAAAAGGACGAGCUGAGGCAGCACACGGUGCGGGAAGCGAUAACGGCCGCCAGGGCCGAGUUGCGUGAUUGUACGGCGGACUGUGACAGCUUGGCCGAACAAACGCACUCACUUUUCUCACUGUUGACAGUGGCCGAUAAAGCGGCAGACGAAAUUUACGAUUCUCUUAUCAAGCUGUACCACAAGCAAGGCGUAAAGGUGCCCCCGAUCGAGCUAGAGAACAUAACGAUAGGAUUCCCUGCCCACCUGCUUCCCGUUCCCGAGCCGGACGUAUCGGAACCAGAUUCCGCCACUGCAGCGGCGAACGACGACGAACAGGAGGAACACCACAACCACGGUGAAAGUGAGUCUGAUUCGGAAGAGUUUGUUUCGGAAAUCUUCAUCACCAGACCGCCCGGCGAGGAAGGACUUGCGCCGGAAACGCCGAUGAUCAAGAGUAGAAAACGAUUAUUUUAACCGCACACGCUACGCAACCCGUGCAUCCGUUCAUCCGUUCAAUUUUACUGGCACCAUGGCAACAAUACCGGCAGUGAGUAGAAUUUCUUCCCGGCUUAUCCGUAUUCUGGGCUGCAAUCCCAGCCCAAUGACGCUGCAAGGGACCAAUACAUAUCUCAUCGGCAGUGGCAAAAGGCGUAUUCUGCUGGACACUGGGGACGCGAACGUGAAGGAAUACAUUGGCCAUCUGCAAAAAGUGUUGAUGGACGAACGAGUCCUGAUCAACGACAUUAUCAUCUCGCACUGGCACCACGACCAUGUGGGCGGGGUAGAUGAUAUAUUGGAAGUGAUCGACAAUAAAGAUACAUGCAACGUUUGGAAAUUUCCUCGCUCGGAUGCUCCAGAACCGGAGGUAAAGCAUACACGCUCGAAGGAGCUGAAAGACGGACAAAUAUUCACGACCGAGGGUGCAACGCUGAAGGUGAUCCACACACCGGGCCACACGACGGAUCAUGUUGUGCUGGUGCUGCAGGAUGACAACUCGCUAUUUAGUGCCGAUUGCAUCCUGGGAGAGGGCACCACGGUGUUCGAGGAUCUGUACCUGUACAUGAAAAGUCUCGAAACGAUUUUGAACGCUAACCCCACCGUUAUAUAUCCAGGGCAUGGUAACAUCAUAAAUGAUCCAGCCGAACGUGUGACGGAAUACAUCAAUCAUCGAAAUCAUCGCGAGAAGCAAAUCUUCGCCGUGUUCGAGGCCAAUCCGGACAAGCAGUACAACGAGAUGGACAUUGUGCGAACGGUGUACAAGGAAACGCCGGAACAGCUGUGGGCUGCGGCAGCGUACAAUGUAAACCAUCACCUGAAGAAGCUGACCGUCGAAGGCAAACUGCUCGAGUGCGUGGACAGUGAGGGUGGCAAUAGCUGGAAGUACGUUCCGGCACCUUCCCUAUAAUCGGUUGCCAUUAGGACGGUGUGGUAAAUAAACUAGUUACGGUAGCGGUCUUGUUUGUUUUAAUGCAAAA